GUUUUUGCAAAAGAAUAGUAUUUGUGCCACAGCCAGCUAUGGUUCUAACCAAUGAUUUCUAAAAGCCUGCAAAUAGUUUGUUUAGUGAAGUCCCAACAUUACGACAACCUCCAACAAGCCGACAGCCAGCUUCAGCAGCAGCAACAACAGAAGCAACCUCUGAAAGACGCCACAAAUACCAGCACCCCACCUAAACAACAGAAGGUAAACAACAACGAGGACAACAACCAAGAGCCGGAAUCGACGCAACAGGACGAUUCGAGUAAUAACAACAACAACCAGCAGCAACAAGGCAGCCGCUCGUUGCAGUGCUUAGAGACUCUAGCCCAAAAGGCCGGUAUAACAGACAUCACAGCGGACGACUGUAAAUAUGACAUCGCGAACACACUGUUGAAUUUGGACCGCGGACACGAGUUUAUCAAGCAGAACGUGGAUAGCAUGUCAAGUAUGAGCGAUAUCAACAAGCAGCAACAGCAGAUGGACGCCAACGCACAAGCACAGGCUCAGGCCCAGGCUCAGGCUCAAGCUCAGGCUCAAGCGCAGGCACAGGCUCAGGCUGUGCAACAACAGCAGAUGCAACAGGUCGCUCUACAGCAGCAACAGGAACAACAGGCCCUCGUACCGGCGCAGAGCCCGCACAUGCAACAGGUUGCGGUAGGGGCAUCAGGUGCUCAGUGUGUAGCUACUUCAAUGGGACCCCCACAGCACACCGUUUCCAUGCAUCAGCAAGUCGCCCAACAGGGCCAGGUAAUUCAGGCCCAAGGAGGGGUCCUGGCUGCGGCUCAAACAGGAACAACCACCAUAACAACGAUGUCCCCACUGCAACAAAGUCAAGCAGCCCACCAGCAACAGAUCAGUACUGACUGGAGUCAUGGAAGAGCUGUACAAGUUAUCCAGCAGCCAAUUCAAAAUCCGGCUUAUCUAUCGCAAUUGUACAACACCCAGGGGCAGCUCUUGAUGCCUGGAAACAUAAGUAAUAUUGCGUUACAUCCUAGCAUCAAUCCUUCACAAAUUCAGGUUAUUGCUAAACCUUUCCAAGGAAACCAACUAGCUCCCCACAUGCUGACAACGGCUCAAGGAAAACAAGUUUUGCAAGGCAGCCAAGCUGCUACCUUCCCAGGCUACACAACAAUUCCAACAAUACCUACUACCCAGAAUCAGCAAACAUUAGUGUUUAGCCAGCUGGGUGUAAUCAGUUCUCAACCUAACAUUCUACCCAAUCAUUCCCAAGGAAAUGGACAGGUCGCUCAACAAAAACCUCAGGAAAUGCAUAAGGUUAUGGGUGGCCAAAAAGUUCAAAUGCAAAAAGUUGCAAGUAGUACAGGCGCUGUUGCUCAAACACAACAACAAGGACAAUGUGUACAGGUUUCCCAAGCUAUGAUCGGCACACAGCCGACUGCCCAAAUUAUCAGUCCAAUACAACCUGGAGGCCAGCCAAUGCAAUUUGCUCCUUGGCAAUUUGCAGCAAAUGGUUUGCAGCAGGUAUGGACCACGAAUGGUCUACAGUCUCAGGCGUUACAGCUAACACCCAACCCCAUUUUCAUUAGAGGUACUCAGGCAGAUGGAACUCCCGGCCCAGGAAUGUUCAUUCAGCAGAACCCUCAAGCUGCUACCAUCCAAACCCAACAAAAUCAAACUAUUGCAACACAGGGAACCGUCCAACAAAUAUCGAAACCAAGACCAUCUAAUGAAAAUAUACAACCUAAACAACAAACCAAUCGUCCAUUAAAUAUAUUACCCUCGAAUGCUGCGAACAUCCGUCCUGCCAGUUCAGUCUCAACACAGACGAUUGGUGCACAAACACCUGCAUCCAUGGGCAACAAACCUGGCACCAAAAUCCGAACAAAAGCUCCCCAGAUACGAACAUCUCCUGCUCCAAAAGCCGAUGCAGCCAAUCAAACACAAAUUAAACCUUACUCGAAUAUGCAACAACAUCACAUUGUCGGAAAUAAAAUGUUGGUAAUGAAUUCGAACGGUAUGGCUAUGACACCAGGAUCUCCAAUGACUGCCGAAAAAGCUCAGCAAUUAGCAAACCAAAACAAAACUCAACAGCAACAGCAGACUCAACAACAACAAGCUGUCGUUAUGCAACAGCAGAUUCAACAGCAGCAGCAGCAGCAGCAACAACAGCAAGCUAUUCAGCAAUACCAAUUGCAGCAAGGACAACAACAGCACAUUCAACCUAAACCCAUGAUGAUACAAACGAUUCCUGCUAUCCCUUCUCAACAGCUGCAAAUGGCCGGAGAUAGACCCAUUAUGCCUGUUGUGUCCAUGUCAGCCCAAGCAAAUGCUGCCCAACAAGUUCAACAACAAAUUCAGCAACAAAACAUUAGUACCAUACAACAGGGAUUACCACUGCAAUCUAACCUUGCAGUUACACAGCAGCCAAUGCAAAUGAACAUGCAACAAUUACAGCAG